AUGAGCUCUCCAUUUGAUCGAGCCAUUCAAUUCUGCGAGUCUCUUUUUCGAGGAUUGCCUCAUGAAACAGCAGUGCCAGACCACCACCCUGAUGGUGACCACGACCACGAUGACGACGACCACGGUGCAGAGAGUGUCCACAGUUGGGGUUCUUUCGAAAGCUUUCGCAAGUCCAUGGCGGCUCCGUUGAUACCCCAAGAACCCAACAACAAGGGAGACACUGGUUGUCGCCACACAAAAGAUGGAAAUUGCGUGUCGAACAUUUCCAGUGGCAAAAAGGUUCUCAUGUUUGAUGAAAAGACCUUUCAAUUCAAGCUUACCAAUCCUCUGUAA